GAAAUAGCAGUUAUGGUCAACCAAGGUUAAAAGAGUCAUUUCAAACCAGUGUUUUAUUGCAAAUCUUAAAAACAUCCAAACUCUUUCUUUCUUCUUCACAGUUGUUGUCAGGUGAAAGAAAAAUAUAAAGCUAAGAUUUAUUUUCAUCAUAAAAUUGGCCAAUAUUGCCUGAUAAAUAUGUUCAGCUACAACAAAGAAAAGCAGCAACUAUUCUUCAAUAGAAUUGGGCAAUAUUGCCUGGUAAGUAUGUGGCGGUACAACAAAGAAAAGCAGCAAGUAUUCUUCUUCAAUAUCAGACACGAUUGGAGCACAUAUUAUUGGGCGUGCAAAAUGAAUUACCUCAACCGAAAUAGAGCUGAGGGAAAAUUAGACCAUCUUGAUUCUUGAUACUCUAUUUGUCUCAGAACUCAUCUUAUCGGUGGUUGUAGGAAUAGACAAUGUAGCCUUUGCCACUAGAGCCUAGAAGGUGAAAAGGCAUUGAAAGUAGUUUUACUUCUUUAUUGUAAAUAUUACAGUUUGGCUGAGGCAGAAGAGUGUUCAAAUUUAUCGAAAACUGCAACUAGGUUGGAGGAAUGAUGCGCUGCAAGAUUCAUGAUUUUGUUUUUCGACGGCUACUCGUCCAUUUGUUGGGUGAUCCCUUGCUCUCACAUUCUCACAUUCGAGUGUUUGCUCGUCGUUUAGUCCCGGCAGUGAGAUUUACUCAUUACGGUCACCUCCGGAGUUCAUCCCACCUGGAUAGUUCCAGGACCCGUGUGACCCCGCCCUUGAUCAGAUAAAGCUGCCUACCUUAUGACCCACUACGAAAAAUGAGCCUUGUGAGAAGACUUUGACAUUCCCCAUAUUGCGGUUUCGUCCGUUCCUUUCCCAAGAUGGGUUAGGGACAUAAGAAGUCUUAUCAGGAAGUCACAGGGUCUAGGAUCCAUACCAGAGCAAGGCAGCAGAACUGGUGUUUAUUUUAGGGUUGAAUCUGGAAGAUAUGUCAGAAGAACGGUCCUGUGUGGUGGUUACAAGGGAUUGUCAGACAGAAAGUAACGGGACGGUUUGCAUGAGUUAUCGACUUGAUAGUAUUGAAGUCCAGAAUGGCAAAAGGCCAUUGGAAUAUGACCAGGAGGGUGAAAAUGUGCAACGCAAGUUGCAAAAGCAGUCCGACGGUUCCAACCUAGUGGGAGUGACUCUAUCCUUGGGAAGUUCUUCAGCAUCCCCUCCUGAGCAAACUGACAAACGGGAUCAUGCUGGGGAUAAUUCUGACAGGAACACACUUUUUCCUGCCCUUGACCGUGACAGCUCCAUCAAUUCUCUCAUUCGUUGCUCGAGGUCAGAUUAUGGCGCCAUAGCAUCUUUGAACCACAACUUCCGCUCAUUAAUUAGGAGCAGUGAACUUUAUAGAGCGCGGCGACGAAAUGGUGUGGUGGAGCAUUGGGUGUAUUUCUCCUGCCAGCCACUGGAGUGGGAAGCUUUUGACCCUGCUAGGCUCCGCUGGAUGCGUCUGCCGAGAAUGACUCCCAAUGAUUGUUUUGUGUUGUCCGACAAGGAAUCAUUGGGGGUUGGUACUGAGCUUCUCGUUUGUGGCAAGGAUGUGUUGGCCCAUGUCAUUUAUCGGUACAGUUUACUGACAAAUACGUGGUCAACUGGGAUGCAAAUGAAUGCGCCACGAUGUUUGUUUGGUAAAUCAAGCCUUGGGGAAAUCGCCAUUUUUGCUGGCGGUUGUGACUCACAAGGUAAAAUCCUUAGCUCCGCUGAACUUUACAAUUCGGAGACAGGCACGUGGACGACUUUGCGAAGCAUGACUAAGCCACGUAAGAUGUGUUCUGGUGUAUUCAUGGAUGGAAAGUUUUACGUGAUAGGAGGCAUUGGAGGAGCCGACGCAAAGCUAUUGACAUGCGCUGAAGAGUAUGAUCUGGCAACAGGAACGUGGACUGAAAUUCCGAACAUGUCUCCUGUGCAACCUAACCUUGAGAACGACAUACCAGAUACAUCUGCAGCGCCUCCAUUACUAGCCGUUGUGGAUAAUCAAUUGUACUCUGCUGACUAUGCUGAAAUGGCUGUUAGGAAGUAUGACAAGCAUAACAAAGCAUGGGUUACCAUUGGUGGACUGCCUGAAGGAGUAUCUUCCAUUCAUGGUUGGGGAUUGGCUUUUCGGGCAUGUGGUGAUAGUCUAAUUGUAGUUGGAGGGCCUAGGGUUAUGGGUCGAGGAUUUAUUGAGGUGCAUUCGUGGGCACCGAGGGAAGGACCUCCAGAAUGGAACUUGCUCGGCCAAAAGCAAUCAGGUAGCUUUGUGUAUAACUGUUCUGUCAUGGGAUGCUGAAGAGAUGGAAUUUGGUUUGUACUGUAGAGGUGUCCAUCAAUACAUAGUUGGUUUCUUGCUAAAGGGUAAUUUAUCCCAGCUUUUUUCUCUUAUCAGUUAAUAGAUUAGUGUUUAAAGCUUCUCUAGGAAAGUCAUAGAAGUACUUAGUUAUUUGUUUGGUGGCAUGUUGCUUGUGUAUCAGUACAUUUGGUAGCUUUGGAAAUGAAGUACUUUGUUCCAACUUUUGUUUUAAGAAUUCUUUCCUUUAUUAUGGCAGAUCUCAUUGAGGCAA